GUCCACCGAUUGCGAUACGAAGAAAGGCAACUCUAGCAGCCGGGCCACGUACAAUUUACUACAAAAAAUAACAAGAUUUAAUAGCACAUAAAGAACAAUCAUGGAUACGAUGACUCGCUACGUUUCGCCCGUGAACCCGGCCGUUUUCCCUCACCUUGCGACCGUGCUCUUGGUCAUCGGCACUUUCUUCACCGCCUGGUUCUUCAUCAUCGUGGUGUCGCGGAAGAACCUGAAGGAUAACUCCAAGGAGAGCUCGCUCAUCAAGGAACUGCUGAUCAGCCUGUGCGCGUCCAUAUUCCUGGGCUUUGGCAUCGUGUUCCUGCUACUAACCGUCGGUAUUUACGUAUGAAAUUAAGGCUAAUCAUCACCAUUCCGAGUAUAAAAUAAACCUAAAGCUGUCCGUGGGCGUGAACGUACAACA